AUGAAAGAUUAUCUCUGGCUUGGACGCAUACCAAACAAUGUUCUCAAUCUGAAAGGCGGGGACAACGUUCUUGCUCGCGCAGAAUUCUUAAGAGAAGAGGGCAAGAAGCAUUUAAAGUUGAAGAAAACAGGACUCCGUCUAGAAGGGAGAGUUUUUAUGCGUAAAGGUCAGGAAUAUGAGAUGGAGUGGGAGUCUAAACCAUAUACUGAUGAUGACGCGUGGCCAAGCAAACACUCGCAUAACCUCAUAAACGGAUUUAACCCCUGGUAUUGGUAG